CCCUAAUAUUAGGGGCAAAAAUGAGCUUUUUCCCAUUGAAUAUUGAAUCAUUAUUAGUCAAGUCACGGGCAAAAUAGAAGAAGGAACAACAGAGAGGUAAAGUUGGAAAGAGAAGAAAGUAUGGGAGGAGGAAGGCAGGUUAUGAAGAGAAUUCCACUCAUCCAAUUCCCAAAACGACAUGCUAAAUCCUCAGCUUCAGUUUCAGGUUCCACUUCCCAAACUCAAGACAUUCAUCAUAUCUCUAUGUCAAGUUCUGAUGUUCCGGCUCCACCCUCCAACACUGCUGUGGGUGGCAAAGCUUCUCUUCAGCCUAAGCGUACGCCUGUCUCUCACAGAGAAAUAGAGGCUAUUCUGCUUGGAGGGUGCUUUUGAUUUCCAUCCAUCAAUAUGGUUCGUGGAGGAUCUGCAAUGCGAAUAAAUAUUUCUGUUUUCUAUGUGAUCCUAUGCUUUAUUGUGUGUUCACAUUGUGUUUUGGUGUUGUAUCUAUGAAUUAAGUUUUAAUGGAAGAAUGAGAUUCUUGAAGAUUAA